GAUGACAACACCACAGCUCCAUAAACUUAAUUUAACAUUGAUUUUUGAAAUGCCUUUGCCGAAGGCGGGCAGGGAUAACAUUAUACAGGAAGUUUGGUUGUUUUAUAUGUAGCCCUGGAUGGUCCCCUGCUUUUGCCCCUUGAGUGCUGGGAUUAAAGGCAUGUACCACCCACACUAUUGGAAACUGAGGUUUUAAAUGCUUUUUUUUUUUUCUUAAGAAGAAAUACUCUUAAGGUUAUAUGGAAUGAUGUUUUAUAUGAACCAAGACUCAGCUUUAAAGUGCGUGCAUGGUAAGAAAGAAACUGAAUCUUAGGGCAAAGUUCUUGUAAGAAUAAAACACCCAGUUUAACUUGAAUGGAGUAAGAUAGGGUAAGGCAAAAGUAAUUUAAUAAAACGAGAAGAGUUAUUGGGAAUUUUAAAAGUUAGGCAUAAAGAGAUGUAUGUUAUUACUUUUGAAAUAGCAAAUUAUUUGUUUUUAUAUGGACAAAAGUCAUUGGUAGAUUAUGUAUUUUGAACAUUUUAAACACAAGGGAGAGGAGAUGUAGCAGCUAAUGCUUCAAGGACAUUAAGAAUGCUUCAAGAGUAUGUGGCAUCUUUAUGGUGUCAUUUAAUCUUCUGUGUUGAUUGGCUCACAUUAAUGGUGCCUUAAGAGUCCUGUAUUCCUCUUAGAAGUAAAAUUUACAUGUUAAUUCUCUGCUUUAGCAGUUGUGAUCCACCAAAAUUUUACUUGAAAGAAUAUCUUUCCUUGUGAAAUUUUAAUCAUGGCCAAGACAAGCAGCAGAUUAGUUAUAAAUCUAGAAGCUUCAGUAAAGAUAAAAAGUAUAAUGUUGAGAUCUAUUUUUGAAGUAACCAAAAGCUGGAAAGAGAAGAAUCGGGAGAAGAGGGAGAUGUGGCCAGAUACUACAAAAAUAUAAUAGAUGUAAUGACAGGCUUGUCGUCUUGAGAGAAGAAAGGACCCUAUUACUUCAUCGAGAAUGGCUAAGUAUUGAUCUUGCUUUGUUUUUUUAAAGCAGUGAGCGGCUCAAUGCAGGGCAUCAUUCCUUUGAUACAAUCGUAAAGCAUUAGUGGAAUAGCCCUUUAAUCAGCUCGUUUUUUAAAAAAGGAACCAGUUGUCUGGCUCAGUGCCUUUGCCGUCAGUCUAUCUAUUUAUUGCUGAUUUGACAGUCUCUGGUCCUCCUUUGCUGUUAAAUGUGUGUGUCCUUUGUUUGUGCUGGUUUGCUACAUUUGGAUGUGAGAGAAAAGCCUGCCUUUGCCAUAUUGGGCUAAUUAGCCUUCUGGGUGAGCAUAUAUAUUAAAUAAACCUUCUAAACCAUGAAAGAAGAGAGUUCACAGCAUCGUAGAUUUUCUUCUUGUACUGGGGUUUCGUCUGUUUUAUUCCCUCCACGAAUUGAUGGCCGAAAGCUUGUCCGGAAUGCUUCGUUUGGAGGAUACAAUGAACUUUCUCCUUCCUUACAAGGUUUUGAAAGAGGAAAAGAAGACAUUUCUCAAAAUAAAGAUGACUCUUCACUUUCAAUGUCAAAGAGCAAGUCUGAAUCUAAACUAUAUAAUGGCUCAGAAAAGGACAGUUCAACUUCAAGUAAACUCACUAAGAAAGAGUCUCUUAAGGUACAAAAGAAAAAUUACCGUGAAGAGAAGAAGAGAGCCACAAAGGAGUUACUCAGCACCAUCACAGACCCCUCUGUCAUUGUCAUGGCCGACUGGCUGAAGAUUCGUGGUACCCUGAAGAGCUGGACCAAGCUGUGGUGUGUGCUGAAACCUGGGGUGCUUCUGAUCUAUAAAACCCAAAAAAAUGGUCAGUGGGUUGGAACAGUCCUUCUGAAUGCUUGUGAGAUCAUUGAGCGUCCAUCAAAAAAGGAUGGCUUUUGUUUCAAGCUGUUCCAUCCUUUGGAGCAGUCUAUUUGGGCAGUGAAGGGUCCAAAGGGGGAAGCCGUUGGAUCCAUAACUCAGCCUUUACCUAGCAGUUACUUGAUUAUCCGAGCUACUUCAGAGUCAGAUGGAAGGUGCUGGAUGGAUGCUUUGGAGUUGGCAUUGAAGUGUUGUGGUCUCCUUAAGCGGACCAUGACCCGAGAGGGGAAGGACCAUGACCUGAGCAUCACCUCAGACAGCACACACGUGACGCUGUAUGGCUUGCUGCGAGCUAACAAUCUCCACAGUGGCGACAACUUCCAGUUGAAUGACAGUGAGAUUGAAAGACAGCACUUUAAGGACCAAGACUUGUACUCUGAUAAAUCUGACAAAGAGAACGAUCAGGAGCAUGAUGAGUCUGACAAUGAGGUGCUGGGGAAGAGCGAAGAGAGUGACACAGAUACAUCAGAAAGGCAAGACGACUCGUACAUCGACCCUGAGCCUGUGGAGCCUUUAAAGGAGACCACCUACAUGGAGCAGAGCCACGAAGAACUGGGAGAGGCAGGUGAGGCUUCUCAAACAGAAACUGUGUCUGAAGAAAACAAAAGCCUUAUCUGGACUCUGCUCAAGCAAGUCCGUCCCGGCAUGGAUCUAUCCAGGGUGGUUCUCCCUACGUUUAUUUUGGAGCCCCGUUCUUUCCUGGAUAAGCUUUCAGAUUACUACUACCAUGCAGAUUUCCUGUCUGAAGCUGCUCUGGAAGAAAAUCCAUAUUUCCGUUUGAAGAAAGUCGUGAAAUGGUAUUUGUCAGGAUUUUAUAAGAAGCCAAAGGGGCUGAAGAAACCAUAUAAUCCUAUACUUGGUGAGACUUUCCGAUGUUUAUGGAUUCAUCCCAGAACAAACAGCAAAACUUUCUAUAUUGCUGAACAGGUGUCCCAUCACCCACCAAUAUCUGCCUUUUAUGUCAGUAACCGAAAGGAUGGGUUUUGCCUUAGUGGUAGCAUCCUGGCUAAGUCCAAGUUUUACGGAAACUCAUUAUCUGCGAUAUUGGAGGGUGAAGCCCGCUUAACUUUCUUGAACAGAGGUGAAGAUUACGUCAUGACAAUGCCAUAUGCUCACUGUAAAGGAAUUCUUUAUGGCACAAUGACCCUGGAGCUUGGUGGAACUGUCAAUAUUACCUGUCAGAAGACUGGAUACAGUGCGAUACUUGAAUUUAAACUAAAGCCAUUUCUAGGGAGUAGUGAUUAUGUUAAUCAAAUAUCAGGGAAACUUAAAUUGGGAAAAGAAGUCCUAGCUACUUUGGAAGGCCAUUGGGAUAGUGAAGUUUUCAUUAAUGACAAAAAGACUGAUAACUCAGAGAUUUUCUGGAAUCCAACUCCUGACAUUAAACAGUGGAGAUUAAUAAGGCACACUGUAAAGUUUGAAGAACAGGAUGAUUUCGAAUCAGAGAAACUCUGGCAACGAGUGACAAAAGCUAUAAAUGCCAAAGACCAAACAGAAGCUACUCAAGAAAAGUAUGUUUUAGAAGAAGCUCAAAGACAAGCUGCCAGAGAUCGAAAAACAAAAACUGAAGAGUGGGUUUGUAAGUUAUUUGAACUUGACCCACUCACUGGAGAAUGGCACUAUAAGUUUUCAGAUACUCGACCAUGGGACCCACUUAAUGAUAUGAUACAAUUUGAAAAAGAUGGAGUUAUCCAGACCAAAGUGAAACAUCGCACUCCGAUGGUUAGUGUUCCAAAAAUGAAACAAAAACCAACAAGGCAACAGAAGAAAGUGGUAAAGGGCUAUUCUUCCCCGGAGCCUGACAUCCAGGAUUCAUCUGGAAGUGAAGCUCAAUCUGUAAAACCAAGUACACGAAGGAAGAAGGGGAUAGACCUGGGAGACAUUCAGAGUUCCAUUGAGUCCAUAAAGCAAACACAGGAAGAGAUUAAAAGAAAUAUUAUGGCUCUUCGAAAUCAUUUACUUUCAAGUACACCUGCUACAGAUUAUUUUCUGCAACAGAAAGACUACUUCGUCAUUUUCCUUCUGAUUUUGCUUCAAGUCAUAAUAAACUUUAUAUUUAAGUAGAAGUUCUCAACGUUGAAUCCAUGAACUAAAAAGAUUAGAUGUGAUCUGGGACCAUUGUUCAAAUUGACUUGCUCUUUAUUAAAGCAUCACAAUAUUUCUGAAUCAAAGAAACAAAACUAGGAGAUAGAUGUAGAAAUGUCUACCUAUUUUUCACAUCUUCUAUCCUUAACCCAAAACAAGAGCUACUAUGUUUGGUUACUACAAUCGGCUGUGUGUUAAGUGCCAGAACACUUGUAUGAGACUGUGCCUACACGCGAGUAUAGUAGACCCACAUGUGUAUAGAGCUCUUCCCUGACAGCAAUUCCUGUGUUCUACAGUGUGCUGUGAAGUAUUCUGAUACCAGUAUUCAUAACAAAGAUACCGUCACUCCUAUAAAUACAUCUAGGGUCAACUAUUGUCUUGAGAAGACUGGCAUAUAACUUUCAUUAGGGAAUUACAGUGGGAAAAUGAUAGAUAAUAGACAUAUUAUGAGUAAUUCAAUACAUUAUACUGUUAAAACCAUCUCCAAGUUACCUAGUUCAGUUAGUCUUAUUAGAUACACCAAGAAAAAAUAUGUGGGUGAUCAGAAUUAAUAUAUUGUAAGGGACAAGUAGAAAAAUUUUUUUAAGAGUUUACACAAGAUUUUCUAACCCCUAGCAUUUAAUGUUACGGAUAUAGGUGAAUACAUAGUUAUAUAUAUGUGUGUAUCUCUCACUAUUAAAGACUGGUAAGCAGCUACAUGGAUCUGUAUGUUACAAUCCCAACUUACGCACUUGCUGAAAAGGGUUGGUCAGAGGUGUUUAUAUAAGUUAUGUGAAAUCCUGAUGAUUUGGUGUUUUCUUUAUGAAAUACUUUUUAGCUUUCAUUUAGACACAAGAAUGCUCAAGGAGAAAAUAGAAGAGAAAAAUGUAAUAUCUUCAAAAGUCAAAAAAGGUGGUAAGAACAGACUGCAGUGGCCUUUAAGACAUUAAAAUAAAUUUGCUUAAAUGUGCAAUAAGUUGAGCAUUGGAGAAUAUCAAGUUAUGAAGUUUGUCAUCUCCUUCCAUCGUCCUGUGGCAAGCUACAGUUCUGUACAAGUCUUUCUGUUCUGGCUCAGGCAAAUUGUGUUCCUAAGAGGUUUUGCCUAUUUAUUCAGUUUAAUAAUUGUGUUCUUACAUAAAUAUUUAUUAUUGUCAAAAACACUUCUUUAAAAGGUAGUUAAGUUUUGAAACAUCAUAAAAUGUAUAUUCUUUAAACUACAGGUUUUAGAAGGGUUUGUUGAGUGACAACUAAGAAAGAGCUGCUGGUCUAGCUACAUCUGCCUUCAACUGAGAAGAGAUUGAGAUACAAGGAAAGCUAGCUAACUCUGCUGUGCGAUGACAGCUGCAGUGCUCAAACUGAAAGCCUCUUUCUGAUGAAUAUAGGUAUCCUUAGGUUCCUAUAAACAGCCUUUUACAAUGUGGUGUUAGCAGAACAAUGCUGUACUUCAUAUGAAAAUAUUUUAAACUUUUAACAGCAUAAGCAAGAUGUACCUGUAUCCAGUAUUUCAUUAUGGAGUUUUGGGUUAUAUUUCAUAUUUGUUAAUAUAUUGUUUGUAUUCAUAUUCUACUACCAAUAUUAUGCUCAACUGCCUAUUCAUUGAUGUGAUAUUUUGUAAAUAUUGUACAACUUGAUCUUUAUAUGAUUUUAAAUUACUAUUAAUUUAUAUUAUAUAUAACUUGAUUGGUUGAUCACUAAAAGUCGUCUCAUUGUUAAACCCUGAAAUGUUAAAUUGUUGGUGACAUGCCUUAGAGCUCUUUCUUAAUCCUUUGUGUUGUUUGUGAUCUGAACAGUGCUUUAUUUGUGUUGCUAUCCAUGACUGGAAAGGUAUCUGUUGUUGUUCUUUUAAUUUCACUUUAGAGCUUAUGUUAAUGGAUUCUUACCCAAGGAGUCAGAGACUAAUGAACAGGGUGACUGUUUCUUAUACACUAAAAGCUUAUGUUCAAUCAAAUGCUUCUCUGAUGCUUUUAGUUGUAUGAGUUUCUUUCUGUGAACUGAACACAAAACUCAGGAAUUGGUGGAUUCAUAUGUAAGUCCUUUAAACAACAUAUAAUCGAACUUGAGUUUAGCUAGUGUGUGACUGACCUCAAACAAUCUGAUCUAAGGGUUAACUUUCUUCAUAAAUGGAUUCAUAAUGUGUAUGUGACUGUUCCAAACUUGCUGAAAACGCAUUGUGGUUUUUAGGGUUUCUGACUAUGACCAGUUUUGUUUUUUUUUUCAUCUAUCCAAAACUUCAUUGUCUCACAUAAAAAUUUAGAUAAUCACAAUUGACACAGUUGUUAAAUGUCUUUAAUUUUCUGCCAUUUAGUGAGAUAUUGUUAGCUAAGAAAGGACAGUAACAGGCAUAUGUGGUGUUGGUGUGCUGCUGCAAUCGAUGUAUCUUGUAAUUCCUACCACUGCUGUUUUUAGUAUGACUUGGAAAGCGGCAGCGGUCAUCUUUGUCACAGCUCAGUUGACAGCUGCAUUCCAUUGAAAAGUUGGCCUUGUGAGAUACAAUCCUCAUUUAAUAUUUCAUGCUUUUGUGCCUUUAAGGAAAUAUUUUUGUUAUUUUUUGUUACAGAACCAUAAUGUGUUCAAAAUGUUUGUAGCUGAUUUGUCAUAAAAGGGUCAUUUGUCUGUGUCAGUGUAUUUCCUUUUAUCUAGCUGAAGAAUAUGUAAACAGUAAUGCCGUACUUUUAUAAGGGUUUGUGUAGCUAUUUCAAAUAUAUUCAUACUCAGACAUCAAUGAAGUAAACUUGUCAGAUUGUUCUGAGUAUUGUAAACAGUGCCUUUUUGAUGGAAUUCACACUGUUUUGGGGUGUCAACUUGUGCCAUAUUCACAGAAUUUUGUGGAAGGCAGUUUUAACUUUUUGAAGAAUAUCUUCAUCAAAAUUUUAAAAAACAAAUGUAUAAAACUUCAUGUUUUUUCAGUGUUUAGCAUUUCUAGUCAGCAGUAAAUAGUUUGUUUUUGCUUUUGUUUAUUUCAGGUAUGAUGGCAUACACGAUGAGCCAUACACAAGACUGUAGACUAUUACGUUAAAUAUAAAUAAAGAACAUGUUCAUGUUUAUACAGAUUCUCCAAUUUGACCCAGUGGGAGAGACCUUUCAUAAUUCAAUAAGUUUACAUUUCAAUGUCUUUCAUAUUUGACUAAAUAUAAAAAGAGAUUCUUUAAAAUGUAUAACCUGCCACCACUGCAUAAUUUGGUUUCAUUUUGUUAUGUAUUGUGUGGUUUUAGUAUAUCCAAUUUUUGUUACAAUUAAAGGACUAUUUUGUUACAGUUUUUAAUUGAAGAUGGACUGUUAACAUUGUACAGGACCAGUGUCUUAUUAAUAAGAUUAACAUAUUUAGUGAGAGCCACAGGAAAACCUUGACAAAAAUGAAUGUGACUAUACUUUAUGAAGUAUUUAGAAAAAUCAGCCUCUUUAUCAUAAAAUUAUUUUAAUAUCAUAAUAUUGAUAUUCUUUAUUUGAAAAAAAUGCCAUGAACCAUUUGAAUGAUGAGCCACAGAACCUCAGUUGAAUUUAUUUCCACUUUUGGCAUGUUAACUAUACAUUUAAUUUUAAAUACUUCAGUUAAUGGGUUUAUAAAGUCAAGCACUAGCACUGGUCAGUUUUGUACGAUAGGGUAUAAGUGUGUUUUCACCUGCCGUGUAAAUAGAGCACACUGUAGAAUUCUCUUAAGGUGCAUAGUAAAUGUAUAGACAGUCACAGGUGGUUUUGUAAUGUAUACAUUUCUAAUCUAUUAUUCCUAACCUGUUAUGUUUGCAGAGAGAAAAGAAUUUUUCUAAUGAUCUGUAAAAUUAUGUUAACUUCUACAAGUAGGUAUUCUAAAUAAACUUUUUUAAAAGAGCAAUCUGUGAUCCUGUGACU